AUAUUAACAACAACAUCGGACGAGAAUCCGACGAGGUUUGCGUUGGAAGCCUCCAGAUUGUGGCUAAGCAGCGACUUAAUUGAUCUAUAAAGAUUGGGUUUCGCUAAGCUUGUUUCUGGUUUUCUGUUAUCUUGGAUCUUCAUCGAGUUCAAUCCAUGGCAGACGGGAACGAGGAUAAUCAAUGCAAGAGUCCAAUGGUAUCAACCGAUGUUAGUGUAUCCACCGAUAAAAUUAAAGAGAGGUGUACAGACCAGAGAGAAGCCCAUGUGGGGGAGCCUAAAUGUGUUAUGUGUGGCCGCUAUGGAGAGUAUAUAUGUGCUGAGACAGAUGAUGAUAUUUGCAGUUUGGAAUGUAAACAAGCCCUACUAUGCAGGGUUGUCAACUCACAAUCGUUAGUUGGUAUCCAAACUCCUCAAAUAUUACCUGCAACUGAUGAGUGUUUUUAUGUUAGAGAGAACAGUAACUCAGGAUCUCAGUCUUUAACUAUGGAUGAGACUAAGUCGCUUAGAAGCAAACUUGAAAUUCAGGUGAGGGGUGAAUUGGCUGUGGCACCCAUCUUAUCAUUCUCUUCAUGUAAUCUUCCUCAGAGGCUUCUUCAAAAUAUAGAUGCAGCAGGAUAUGACAUGCCCACACCUGUGCAGAUGCAAGCAAUCCCAGCUGCUUUGAUAGGCAAAAACCUUCUUGUUUCGGCUGACACGGGCUCUGGGAAAACAGCUUCCUUUCUCAUUCCUAUUGUUUCUCAUUGUGCAAAUAUUCGCCUUGAGAGGUCCUCAAACCGGAAAAAUCCAUUAGCAAUGGUUCUAACACCAACUAGGGAGCUCUGUAUACAGGUUGAAGAACAUGCCAAGUUACUUGCAAAGAGUUUGCCUUUCAAAACUGCACUUGUUGUUGGUGGUGAUGCUAUGGCUGGUCAACGACAUCGCAUUGAGGGAGGAGUGGAACUAAUCAUUGGAACUCCAGGGAGGCUUAUUGAUCUUUUAUCCAAGCAUGAUAUUGAACUAGAGGAUGUAAAGAUAUUUGUACUGGAUGAGGUGGAUUCCAUGCUUCAAAGGGGUUUCCGAGAUCAGGCCAUGCAAAUCUUUCAGGCUCUAUCGCAACCGCAGGUCUUGAUGUAUUCAGCAACAAUCUCACAAGAGGAAGUAAAGAUGGCUAGCACUAUGGCAAAAGAUAUUGUUUUCAUCUCUGUUGGCAAGCCUAACAGACCAAGUAAGGCUGUGAAGCAGCUAGCUAUCUGGGUUGAGUCAAAGAAUAAAAAGCAAAAGCUUUUCGACAUUUUAAUCAGUAAGAAGCAUUUUAUGCCACCUGUUGUGGUGUAUGUUGGUUCGAGAGUUGGGGCAGAUCUCCUAUCUAAUGCAAUUACAGUCAGCACUGGGAUGAAAGCUUUAUCAAUCCAUGGGGAAAAGACCAUGAAGGAGAGGAGAGAAAUCAUGCGGUCGUUUUUAAUGGGAGAGGUUCCUAUUCUUGUGGCCACUGGGGUUUUGGGUCGUGGUGUUGAUCUCUUGGCUGUGAGACAGGUAAUAGUGUUUGACAUGCCUAAUUCCGUCAAGGAGUACAUCCAUCAGAUAGGGAGGGCGUCCAGAUUGGGAGAGGAGGGUACAGCAAUUGCAUUUGUGAAUGAAGAAAAUAAGAAUAUAUUUCCAGAGCUGAUUAAAAUCUUAAAAUCUGCUGGAGCAGCUGUACCUCGGGAGCUUGUUACUUCACGAUAUGCAGCUGGUUCAUUCUCUAGUGGCAAGGGCCAGAAAAGGAGAAAGCAUGGCUGCUGAAGUCUCAAUUGCCUUAUCUAUUUUCUGGCUUCAAGUCAACUUGUUGGAAAUAUUUAAUGAGUCACACAGACAACUUCUCAUAGGAUAAGGCAAAACGAAACUUGUGGACUCACUGAAUACUGAAUAGCCGCAUAAUGCUGAUAGCACUCUCCAAUGCUAAUAUAAUUUUGUUGUGCAGUUGUGGCAAAAAGUACAUAGAACCAGUCCCAUCCUGCUUGUACUCAGAGUACAGCCAAAAACUACUUUGAUUUGCAGUCUAGAAAUCAGAUGUUGGACAUAGGUUGUGAAAUUCGAGGGAUUCUUAUGGUUUGUAAAUAUGCUGUCCUGGGAAAUGUUUGUUUGCAUGAUGAAGUGAACAGAGUGCAUAUUGGAGCACUAUUUUGAAUUACUGAGGGCAGUGAGCAAUUUCUAUUGGAUUUGUGUAUUAAGAAGAAAAUGACGCACGCCCCUUUCUCUGGUUGCCAAAAGGUAUGCUGAACAGUAUUCUGUACAAUGGGUCUACGAGUUUUUUCAUAGCAUGAGAGACAAAUUUCAAAGUAAGAUUCUUGCCGUCUUGAGCAUAUCCGGUCUAAACGAAGAGCUUUAACAGACAUUAGUGGUCUGUUAUUUUUUUCCAUUUUCAACUGAGAACUGUGAUUUUUUUUUUUUUUUUCCUGGUAAUUGCCAUACAAUCUCUAUUCUAGUAUCCCUACAUUUUAACUGUCAUAAACUAGAAUGCAGGUUAUUCUUUUUGUCUGAAAUUUUUCGAAAAUUGUUGGGAA